UUCCGUUCCUUCAUCAUCCCGUUUUGAUUUCGAUCAAUUUCUCUUCCUCCGUUCAGUCUUCUCAUAGAUACCCUCACCAUGGCUGACACUGUUGGAAAGACCAUCACCUGCAAGGCCGCCGUUGCCUGGGCUGCUGGCGAGCCCCUCUCCGUUGAGGACGUCGAGGUCGCUCCCCCCAAGGCUCACGAAGUCCGCAUUCAAGUCCACCACACUGGUGUCUGCCACACUGACGCCUAUACUCUCUCUGGAAAGGACCCCGAAGGUGCUUUCCCCGUCGUCCUCGGUCAUGAGGGCGCCGGUAUCGUCGAGUCUGUCGGCGAGGGCGUCACCUCCGUGAAGCCCGGCGACUACGUCAUUGCUCUUUACACCCCCGAAUGCCGUGAGUGCAAGUUCUGCAAGUCCGGCAAGACCAACCUGUGCGGCAAGAUCCGUGCCACCCAGGGUAAGGGUGUCAUGCCCGACGGUACUUCCCGCUUCAAGGCCCGCGGCAAGGACCUCCUCCACUUCAUGGGUACCUCCACUUUCUCCCAGUACACCGUUGUCGCCGACAUCUCUGUCGUCGCUGUGACUCCUAAGAUCCCCACCGACCGCUCUUGCUUGCUGGGCUGCGGUAUCACCACCGGUUACGGUGCCGCCGUUGUCACCGCCAAGGUCGAGGAGGGCUCCAACGUCGCCGUCUUCGGUAUCGGCUGUGUCGGUCUUUCCGUCCUCCAGGGUGCCGUCAAGAACAAGGCCGGCAAGAUCAUCGCCAUCGAUGUCAACGAUGGCAAGGAGGCCUGGGCCCGCAAGUUCGGUGCCACCCACUUCGUCAACCCCACCAAGCUCAACGGCAAGACUAUCCAGGAGGAGCUGAUUGAGAUGACCGACGGUGGUUGUGAUUACACUUUCGACUGCACCGGUAACGUCGGUGUCAUGCGUGCUGCCCUGGAGGCAUGCCACAAGGGUUGGGGUGAGAGUAUCGUCAUUGGUGUUGCUGCUGCUGGACAGGAGAUCUCUACCAGACCAUUCCAACUUGUCACCGGUCGUGUAUGGAAGGGUUGUGCCUUCGGUGGUAUCAAGGGUCGUACCCAAUUGCCCGGCCUGGUUGAUGACUACCUGAACGGCCAGCUUAAGGUUGAUGAGUUCAUUACCCACCGCGAGUCUCUUGACGGAAUCAACAAUGCCUUCGAGCAGAUGAAGCAGGGUGACUGUGUCCGCUGCGUCGUGGACUGCCGUCAAUAAAUUAUUCUGAAAAGUGUUUGAUCUGUAUGCUCGCUUGAUGAGAUCAAUGUGAUGAAUUAUGUAUGAUUGAAAGCCAUAAUAAGCCCAGAAUGAUAGA